GCAUCACAAGCUGGCUGGCCGCGUGGUGGGGCCCCCUCGCGUCGGCCCCCAACAGCAACAGCACCCGAUCAUCAUCUCACGUGACCCAACCAACAUCAGCAGAGUGCACAACAACGCCGCAAAGAAACAACUACGACACACGUGUUAAAAAACACACAAAAAGUUUUGCGUCGUCCCCAAAACGGGGGGGACAUAAAUUUUCUUAUAAUAACAAAAUAAAAUUUUCGUUAAAUGAAUUAAAAUUGGUGUGUUUGUUUUUUUCGUAGCCGAUCAAAUACAGUGGCGUGGAAAAUUUAUUUUCUCUCAUCGAUGGGUGUGAUCGCGACGUGACGUCACGCGCGCAAUACACCUCCCAUUGGUCGAUACGCCACGGCACACGUGAUGAUGGAGUUGUGUGUAUCGUGACCUGGUCAGGGAAGUUGGCUUUGAAGAAAAAAAAAUACCAAGUACAUGAAUACAUGAAAAAAUAGUUUCGAUUAUGUUUUAGAGUUAAAAAAGUAACAAAAUUUUUGAUAGUGGUGGUGUAUUUAUUAAGAUAUUGAGUGAGUUUUCGGAUUAAAAACAAGUUCGAACUCCCAAAAAAAGCAACAUUUUCAUCAUUUUCGUUCUCUUCUCACACAUCUAGGAAACGACAUGAACGUAGAAACAUUACUUGAAGCUGCAAAAUUCUUAGAACUCCAAGAAGAACGUCAACGUCAACGCGAACAGGCAACAAUAAAAUUAACUCACCCUUUACAAAUAAACCAACACAACCAUAACAAUCAAAUUCAUCAUCAACCCAUUUCGAUUACAACAUUACAAUUAUCACCGCAUCAAUUACAUCAAAACCAAACAACUCAACCCCCGCCACAACCACAACAACAACAACUCCCGCCAACAAUUACAACAACAGCAAUACCAACCUUAAUUAGGACGUCAACAAAACAGGAGUCUCCAUUACCGUCAACAUCCCCGCGUCAAAUUAAUAACAGUUUUGACAUAAUUAAUCCUUUGGUUAUCGACGAUUCGGGUGAACCAAAAAGAAAACAACCCCCAAUUCCAUUUCGAACGGGUACGCGAGAAGUCCAUAACAAACUGGAGAAGGAUCGUAGGGCCCAUUUAAAAGAAUGUUUUGAUGCGCUAAAAAAGCAACUACCCAGGGCUCAAGAUGAAAGGAAAUCUUCGAAUUUAAGCAUUUUGCACUCAGCUUUGAGGUACAUUCAAUCGUUGAAGAAGAAAGAACGCGAUUUAGAACACGAAAUGGAGAGUUUGGCGCGACAAAAAAUUGCUAAUCAACAACGAUUGGCUGUGUUGAGGAAAGAUUCCGGGGUUUCAAUUGAUGGUUUAGACAUGACGGGGUUAUUACCGGAAGUGAUGGGAAGUCCGGAUGUAGUUGAAAAAAUGGAUGAUGAAGAUGAGAAAGUUAUGGAGAAAUUACCUUUACCCAGGAUGAGUGUUAAUAAUCAAAAUAACGGAAUUAAAGAAGGUUCUUCAAUGCAAGCUUUAUCGGUGGUCCCCGUAACAUACCCAAUGAGUCAAGUUGUUCUUCAAAAAGUUCUCGUACCGAAAAACCUUUCCGAACUCCCCUUGGUUUCAAGUCCUGCGACGGCGGUGGCGCAUUUUAUCACCCCACAACCUUUAAGCGGCAAAGUGGUCCCUUUGGUGAACGCCCAAUACGUGGUAAAACCCGUCGUCGUCGUUAGCACCCCAUCCAGACCAAGCUAAUGAGAUUAAAAAGUUCGAAAUAAUAACAAUUGCAAGUAUUUAUUUAUUUUGAGUGGAAGUCCGUGAUAAUUCUGCUUACGAUUUGAUGGUACAGAUUUCUUUUGAAUUCUCUGUAUAGAUCUCUAGUGUUGUAUAAAUCUUUUUAAAUUAAAUUAAUAAAUGGAAAUUAAUGAUGUAACAUUAA